AACGGAGACAGAGUGGAGACGAGACUCGAGUGGGACUGAGGUCUCGUCACCACCACUCACUGGAUCUGUCGGACCUCGGCUGUUUAUGCAUCUUUUGCUCAAUCUUUGCUCAAUAUGUUCAAGAUGAAACUGGCCUUUCUGUUAGUGGUGGUUUUGUCGUUUAUAGCGGACAACCACUCGCUUCCGACGGUAAAAUCGGAGAGACGAGAGGAUUUGCUCAAGAGAUGCUUGGCAGAAGCCCUUUCCAUUGCACUUUCCAAAUCAGAAGCAUCGCCAGGGCAUUCGGAGUGCAGAGAUCUCUUCAAAGGAGGUUCCAAACCCAAUGAGCUGGUGAAGAAGAGCGAGGAACAGGUACCACCGCCUGAGGGCGAGGAAGGAACCCAGGAGGCGUCGGAGCUGGAAGCCAUCCGUGACCUUCUCAGGGAGAACAAGGAGCUCGAGGAGGCCGACUACGAUCGGAGCCAGGAAUCGUUCCCGGGCUACAAGAAGAAGAGAUGGCAGGAUCUGGGAGAGGAUGAGCGAAGCCAGGAGGAGUUUCCUCAGUACCAGUACCAGAAGAGAAGCCACCGCCUCCUGCCAGAGAAGGAGAAACGUGAAGAGGCGGACGAAGAGCGCAGCCAGGAGUCUUUUCCAGGAUACAAGAAAAGAAGGGAGGAGGAAGAUGAAGAACGUAGUCAAGAAGCGUUUCCAGGAUAUAAGAAGAGAGGAGAAGAGGAUGAUGGAGAACGUAGCCAGGAAGCAUUUCCAGGAUACAAGAAAAGGGAAGAGGAUGCCGAAGAGCGCAGUCAGGAGGCGUUUCCGGAAUACACGAGAAGACACCUGUCAGACCAACACAAGAGGGAAGAGGAAGACGAGGAACGCAGUCAGGAGGCUUUCCCAGAGUACACCAUGAAGAGGCACCUUAAUCCAAAACGGGCCGACGAUGAGGAUGAGGAGAGAAGCCAGGAGGCUUUCCCAGACUUCAUCCUGAAGAGACACCAGGAGGAGGAAGAGGAGGAGGACAGAGAGAGGAGGUCGUCUUGGAGAUCGACACGCCCAUCCCAAAGAAGGCACCACAAACGAGGAAUAGACGCAUCUGAUGAGGAAGAGGAGGGUGACGAAGAUGAGCUUGACAGAGAGAUAAGGAAUUGGAGAGGAACAAAACACCAAAGAAGGCACCACAAACGAGGAGCAGACGCAUCUGAUGAGGAAGAGAACGAGGAUGAAGACGAGAUGGAUAGAGAGAUUAGGUCGUCUUGGAGAUCGACACGCCCAUCCCAAACAAGGCACCACAAACGAGGAGCAGAUGCUGAAGAGGAGGAAGAGAACGAGGAUGAAGACGAAAUGGAUAGAGAGAGGAGGUCGUCUUGGAGAUCGACGCGCCCAUCCCAAACAAGGCACCACAAACGAGGAGUAGACGCGUCUGAUGAGGAAGAGGAAAAUGAUGGAGACGAGCUUAACAGAGAGAUAAGAAAUUGGAGAGGCACUAAACACCAAAGAAGGCACCACAAACGAGGAGCAGAUGCUGAAGAGGAGGAGGAAGAGGAGGAUGAAGAUGAAAUGGAUAGAGAGAGGAGGUCGUCCUGGAGAUCGACACGCCCAUCCCAAACGAGGCACCACAAACGAGGAGUAGACGCAUCUGAAGAGGAAGAGAACGAGGAUGAUGAAGACGAGAUGGAUAGAGAGAGGAGGAACUGGAGGGGAACAAAACACCAAACAAGGCACCACAAACGAGGAGCAGACGCUGAAGAGGAGGAAGAGAAUGAGGAUGAAGACGAAAUGGACAGAGAGAGGAGGUCGUCUUGGAGAUCGACACGGCCAUCCCAAAGAAGGCACCACAAACGAGGAGUAGAUGCUGAAGAGCAGAAUGAGGAUGAAGAUGAAAUGGAUAGAGAGAUUAGGUCGUCUUGGAGAUCGACACGCCCAUCCCAAACAAGGCACCACAAACGAGGAGUAGACGCAUCUGAUGAGGAAGAGGAAAAUGAUGAAGACGAGCUUGACAGAGAGAUAAGAAAUUGGAGAGGAACUAAACACCAAAGAAGGCACCACAAACGAGGAGCAGAUGCUGAAGAGGAGGAAGAAGAGAACGAGGAUGAAGACGAAAUGGAUAGAGAGAGGAGGUCGUCUUGGAGAUCGACACGCCCAUCCCAAACAAGGCACCACAAACGAGGAGCAGAUGCUGAAGAGGAGGAAGAGGAUGAGGAUGAAGACGAAAUGGAUAGAGAGAGGAGGAACUGGAGGGGAACAAAACACCAAAGAAGGCACCACAAACGAGGAGCAGACGCUGAAGAGGAGGAGGAGGAUGAGGAUGAAGACGAGCUUGACAGAGAGACAAGAAAUUGGAGAGGCACAAAACACCAAAGAAGGCACCACAAACGAGGAGAAGACGCUGAAGAGGAGGAAGAGGAGGUCGAUCCUGGGGUCCUAGAUAACGAGGAGCGCGAGGAGGCACUCAGGUACCUGGCCCAGAGAGGCAAGGAGCUGGGGGAGCGCCUGCUGGAGGAGGAGGCGCAAGAGGAGGCGCACCAGCAGGAGAAGCGCAACCCCUGGGUCUUCCGAAGCUUCUACCACCCCGCCUGGUACAAGAGGAGCACCGCAGCGAGCGCCGCCGCCACCAACAACCUCGCCCGCCUCCUCAACUACAAGAGGACCCAGCUGUCACGCCUCGCGGCGCCACAGGGGGGCGCCGUGGCCCUGCAGGAAAGACCACUCACCCCAGAGGAGGAGAGGGAGCUGGCUAACCUGGCUGCCAUGGACCGGGAGCUGCAGGAGAUCACCAGCAAGAUCCACAAGAGCCAGGAGAAGUGAUGGGUGUGGAGGGGCAACAACCCAACCCAACACUGGUGAGAGAGGCCAGAUGAGUUGGGGUUCCCCUCGCUGUUCUCCAUGACCCGACCAAGGUGUGCUGACCUCCAGGAGCAGGACUGUAGAUAUAAACCUCCAUUGCUGUGGUGAUCGUGACUUAAGGCAAAGUUUGUUUGAAAAUCAAGCAAACAGCAACAUCAUCUACGUACAGUCUCUUCGCUCUUCGGUUUCACUGUCUGUGUGUGUGUGUGUGUGUGUGUGUGUGUGUUUGUUUGUUUCAGGUAAAGCCUUCGUAGACUCCCUGCUUUAGUUGUGACACUUACAAAUCUGGAUGUGCAACAUGUAUGGUGUUCCCGCUUAUUCAUUUUCUACUUGAUAAUUACCAAUUUAAUUUUCCAGAGCAAACUGUUCCAUGGUGGGGCAACUUUGUAGUGGACACUGGAGUGGAUACGGGCCAGAUCUCAGAGACAGAACUGCUCUGGAAAAGUGGUGGUUACAAACCAUUCAGUAGACGAGUUUUGAGCAUUCUAUUAAAGAAUGCGUUCAGCAUCUAAGAUUCUUGAAUGACAGGAUGAUCCCAGAUGUUCUUUAGAAUGUUUGACAACAUUUCAAUCACAGGUGUGCCUGUGGCUGCUGAUGGGUUAUAUAAUCGGACUGCACACCUAGGACUGACUGGAGAUCAGUGAUGGGAACUAGUAGUUUAGCCACAUCCUUAUUUUUAUGACGCUGAACAAGAAAUGACAGGAAAACUGUAUAAAACACACACGUCUUGCCAAUACCUCUACUGUGUUAAACUUUGUACUUUAUGAAACUUUUUCGACGUUUGAGAAAAUGUAACAGCAUGGGAAUGGUUAACCAAUCUGAAUUCUGUGAUGACUAUGCUCUUUGCUUGUAUGUUCAAAGAUCUCUACGGUGUUCUGUAUGUUUGUGUGUGUUUGUUUCCAAGUUUGUUGUUGAUGAAGUAAUUUAAUAAAAUGAAUUAUUCUGGGACCAAAUUCCAAC